AUGGAAACAAAUGGAUUGCCAAAUGGAUUGUCAAAUGGAUUGUCAGAUGGGUGGUCAGAAUAUCCGUCAAGUGAUGAGGAAGACGGUCACUUGACCCCGCUAGAAGAUCUCGUGCCUGAGUUUGAGGUGAUUGACGAGGAUAUUGUCUUAGAGGAGGAGACGAUAUCGUCGUUCGACCCUGAAAGAUGGUAUCCUAUCCGGCUCGGCGAUUUCAUCACUACCAGGUACCAAGUUAUGGUGAAGCUUGGCUAUGGCUCCGCGUCGACGGCUUGGUUAUGUCGGGACAAUGAGCAAGAUACCUAUGCGACUGUGAAGAUCUAUGAAACUGGAUCACAGCAGGCUGCAACCGAAAACAAUAUUCAUCGCUACCUUAGAUCUAUAAAUGACGGUGACGACUUUGGGCUAGAUCGCCUACGAUUUUGUCGGCGAAGCUUCCGGAUCAAUGGGCCAGUUGGAUCGCAUGUCUGUAUGGUCUAUGCCCCGCUGUGUAUGACUCUUGAGGAUGUUCGCAACCGGCGUGGUGGUAAAUUCUCACUGCGUCUACUGAAGUCCGUGAUAUAUACUUUCAUGCCGGGGGUUUGGUACCUCCACUCGAUGGGCAGCAUGGUUCACACUGAUCUCCACCCAGGAAAUAUCAUGAUGGCGUCGGAAAACGUUCGGAUUUGGGACGGCUUCGUGCAAGAAGAGCUGAUGUAUCCUACACCAAGGAAGAUUACAGCUGAUAGGGUUAUAUACAAAUCGAGAACCCCUAUGAUUGGGUCGGAUGCGUUCCCGGUUAUUUGCGACUUUGGUAAGGUACGAGUGGGGGAAGGCCCCUUUCUUGGCGAAGCGAUGCAAGAUGCAUACCGAGCGCCGGAGAUUGUCCUAGGUAUCCCUUGGAACGAGAAGGUGGACAUUUGGAGUCUUGGGAUUAUGAUGUGGUAUCUGUUCGAGGGCAAACAUCUCUUCCGCAACGGAGAACCCAACAGGGAGGUUACCAGAGGAGCGCAGUUGGCGAGGAUGGUAUCUCUCCUAGGAAAUCCACCCAGAGACUUCUUAGAGAGAAGCAGAUGUUCAUAUGAAUUCUUUGACGAAGAUGGAAAUCUGCACCCUCACCUCCAGAAUAUUGAGAAUACCUCGUUAGACGAAGAAGAGGAGAACCUUGAAGGGGAGGAGAAAGAACAGUUUCUAUCUGUUAUCAGAAAGAUGCUCCAGUGGAGGCCGGAGGAUCGACCUUGUGCCUUGAAUUUACUACUGGACCCUUGGUUCAACCUGGAGACUGGGGCAGACUCCUAA